AUGGCACCCUCUAUCGCGGAAAGUUUCGCUGUCGAGGUUGUUGUUCCUGCAAAGGUCAACCCUCAGGUGAGUGUGAACAAGCCCAAAGUCAGGCGAAUCAUUGAGGAGGAAGGAGGAAAGUCGACUGCCACUUACCCACAAUAUCUGCCCGUCUGGGACCAUAGCGAGAAAUAUCCACCUCUCGAGCCUUUCACACACAUCGACCAUGGCAAAGAUGCAGACCCAUCAUUCAAAGACCUCCUUCCAGCGGAAUCUCAAAUUAAAAAGCUCACCCCUACUAUCGGAUCUGAAGUUACAGGUGUUCAACUGAGCAAGCUCACUGCCGCUGGGAAGGAUCAACUUGCUCUCCUAGUUGCUCAGCGCAAGGUCGUUGCAUUCCGAGAUCAAGAUUUUGCAGACCUUCCUAUCCAAGAGGCUCUCGAUUUUGGAGGCUAUUUUGGGCGACACCACAUCCACCCCACUAGCGGGGCUCCGGAAGGGUACCCGGAGAUCCAUCUCGUUCAUCGGAAUAAUAACGCCUGGGAAUAUGAUGAGUAUCUUGCUGCCAAGAACAGCAGCGUCUCGUGGCAUUCUGAUGUUACUUAUGAGCAACAGCCACCGGGCACUACAUUCUUGUAUCUCCUUGAUGGCCCGGAGGUGGGCGGAGACACAAUUUUCGUGAACCAAGUAGAGGCUUAUAAUCGGCUCUCACCCGCGAUUAAGGAGCGUCUCCAUGGUCUUAAAGCGGUGCAUUCUGGAUUUGAACAAGCCGAAAAUAGUUUGAAGCGGGGAGGAGUUGAUAGAAGAGAUCCUGUGAAGAACGAGCAUCCUAUCGUUCGUACUCAUCCUGUCACGGGUGAGAAGGCACUUUUUGUCAACGGAGGCUUCACAAGAAGCAUUGUCGGCCUCAAAACGGAGGAAAGCGACGCUCUUCUAGGAUUCCUGCUUGCUCAUGUCGGUCGUGGCAUUGACUAUCAGGCUCGAAUUCGAUGGGCACCGAAGACAGUGGUCAUUUGGGAUAACCGAGUGACGGCUCACUCUGCGAUUAUUGACUGGACGACAGGCGAGCGUCGACACUUAGCGCGUAUCACGCCACAGGCAGAGCGUCCCUUUGAAACACCCUACGUCCCAGAAGGAGACAAGUUGAGUGCUUGA